CUUGCCACGCUAUUUCACCACGCCUUUGCGACGCUGAGGGGUUUUAUUGCUACAGGCUUUCUGCUUUUUCCCACUGGCGAGUAUAGAUAUUGAUUGACACCCAUCAUGUUCCCUUCGACUGUGUCUGCGACGACGGAACUGCUGUGGCGCACAUUAGUGGUUCUAUUGGCACACCAAAGUGCUACGCGAGUCUUCACCACUGCUUACAAAGACGACAGUUAUUACCCAAAGGGUGUGGCGAAUCCCAACACCAAAAAUGCCAUGUAUUGGAGGGAUGCUCGCAAUGUUCUGCAGGAUAUUUCUCAGUUUCAAUCCUUGUCAAUCAAGUACCAUUCUUGCGCAUGGAGUGGUGUGGCGGUGAGCAAUCAGGGGGGCAGUGGAGACAAGAACGGAGCCGACAACCUCUGUCAGACAAUCGAUUACGGAGAAGGGGACGACGAAAACAAUGCCUACGAUUGGUGGUAUUUGGGCUCCACCGUCUGUAAUCGGGCCAACGCCGCGUUCUCUCUGUAUGGUACAUUGGCGGGGGAAGAAGAAAAGGGUUGUCGCAAGUCGUCUUACAUCAAUUCCUUCUUUACUAAUCAGGGCCUGGGGCCUUUUAUGCAGGCGAUGACCAACGCAGGCGUUUCCUAUUUUCAGACGGACGACAAUACGAAUUCUCUUUCUUCCUACUGCACCAUUAUUGAAGGUGCCACAGAUGACAACUAUUCUGGUGGCGAUGACUCGUACGAGAAGUACGCCUACGGAAAUCACAAUGAGGGCUAUUUUGACAAUUUUUACAGCCAGUCACUUGCCUGCAACCGUGGGCGUUUUGUACAGCAAAAUUUUCAGGGUGCCUUUUGCAAUGCCGAGCAGAUGACGAAGAUAGUCGAUUCUAUGAAUCAAGUUAACAGCGCCUUGAACAGCUUGGAUUGUGUGCAAAUAUAUAACGCUGAUUCGAACGAGAACUCGAACGGUGACAACAACGAUGAAGACGAAGACUACGACGGAGCUCUACAACUGUUGCAAUACAGUGAAGCCUGUAGCCUCAGAGAUCCCUCCGGUGCGUGUCCCGAUCCGUUCGGCAAGCUCCAGAAGUACUCCAACACGAUUGAAAGAAUAUCGCGCGCGCUCGAUAUGACAAGUUACCGGCGCAAAAUGCGACGAAACAUUUCCUUACUCAUGAUAGUAAUGGGAGUAGCCUUUUUCCUGCUUGCAUUCCGUGUGUUUCUGCGUCGCGUGCUCAAGCGCUUUCCUGCCUUGCGAAAACGACUGCGCGGUGGCAGCUUUUUGAGGUCAAUGAAACGACGGUCGCGAAGAAAAAGUGAAGGAGAUGGUAUCCACAAGGCUAUCGACUCCGAUCGUAACAGCCGCAAGAAAUCAUCACGGCGCCAACGUGACCCACGUCCUGCGCAAGAUUAUGAAGGGGAUAAUAGAAAUGACACUUCCUCCAGUCAGCAUGAAUUACCAUCGCUUACGUAG